GCACUGUGCAGUUCAGGUGCACGUGAGCGAGGGCGAGCGCCGCAUUCCUCAAAGAACACUCUAGAAAAACCGUUGGACUCGACGUCAAUCAAAACCAGGACGACGACGACGAACACAUUUCUAAAAAGAGACAGAAGAUAUCUUUCGAGGUUAUGACAGACUUCACAGGUUGGACUUCUGUCCAAGUUUGCCAGUGGUUGAAAGAUAUUGACUUGGGGGAAUUCUGUGAAACUUUUGAGGAACAUGAGAUAGAUGGAGCCACUCUUGCUGUUAUCUCAGAGAGGAUGUCUGAGAGGCUCUUUCCGGUCAUUCGCAAACAGAGUCUGUUUCUGACCCAGUUGGAGAAACUUAAAAGCACACCAAUGAGCAGAGAGAACCCUCCAAGAAACAUUGAUAACUCCAGCCAAGCACAGUCCGGUCCAGAUACCUCUUUAGUUUUUCCAACAGUGCUGAGGAUGGCCAUAGACAGAAGAGAUUCUGAUCUGAAGAGUGCAAGUAAAACAAAACUACGGAGUCUACUGAUCCAGUCUCUUUUUGACUACCUCAGUAAGAAAACAAUGUAA